AUGACGCACGAACGACAGCCCUUGUUGGCGACCGCCGAUAUUCUCGAUGACGUGCCGCGAGAGGUCCAACCCGGCCAGAAACAUCUCACCUGGAUCAGCGCGUACAUUCUCGUGGUAUCUCGAGUUAUCGGCAGCGGCAUCUUCGCGACCCCUGGGACGAUCGUGAAAUCUGCCGGCAGCGUGGGAUUAUCCUUGUUGAUAUGGCUCGCCGGGACGGUUUUGGCCGCGUGUUCGCUGGCCGUGUCGAUGGAAUACGGCUGCAUGUUGCCUCGCUCGGGCGGAGAAAAGGUAGUGUACCUGGAGUAUACCUAUCCGCGGCCUCGGUUUCUCGCGUCGACGAUGGUGGCGGUGCAGGCGGUGGUGCUGGGGUUUACAGCUAGCAACUGCAUUGUGUUUGCCAAGUAUACUUUUUUCGCGUUUAAUGUGCAGCCGACCGAGUUUCAGCACAAGGUUCUGGCGGUGGGAUUGAUGACCGCCGUGACGAUCGUGCAUGGCUGCUUCUUACGGACGGGCAUCUGGAUCCAGAAUGCCCUCGGAUGGGUCAAGAUCUUCCUGAUCGGGGUCAUCUCGUUGACCGGGAUCUGGGUCAUUCUGGUGCGUCCGUAUGGGCAUGAUCUGGCCCCCACGACAAAUGUGUUCUCGUGGGAUACCAUGUGGGAGGAUUCCAACUGGAGCUGGAAUCUGCUGUCCACGUCGCUGCUCAAGGUGUUUUAUUCCUAUGCUGGAUUGAACAAUGUGAAUAAUGUGCUGGGUGAGGUGCACAAUCCGGUCCGAACAGUUCUGACGGUCUGUCCGGCGGCGCUGCUCACGGCAGGCGCGCUGUACUUUCUGGCUAACAUUUCGUAUUUUCUGGUGGUUCCGCUGGAAGAUAUCAAGAAUAGCGGCGAGUUGGUGGCGGGAUUGCUGUUUGAGCGGCUGUUUGGCAGCGUCGGACGGACUCUGUUUCCGCUGGCGAUUGCCAUUUCGGCGGCGGGCAAUGUCAUGGUGGUGACUUAUGCAUUGGCUCGAGUCAACCAAGAAAUCGCCCGACAGGGCUUUCUCCCGUGCUCCCGACUGCUGUCAUCUUCGAAACCGUUUGGCGCGCCAUUAGGGGGGUUGAUCGUGCAUUAUAUCCCUUCAUUGCUGGUGAUUGCGCUCCCACCGCAAGGAGAUGUAUACAACUUUAUUCUGGAUGUUGAAGGAUACCCCGGGCAGGUAUUUAGUCUCGCCGUGGCAGGCGGUCUCUUGCUACUCCGCGACCGCGAACCGGAUCUUCCGCGGCCCUUCAAGGCCUGGCUACCAGCUGUAUGGCUUCGAAUCGCCAUCUGCGUAUCAUUACUGGCAGCGCCAUUCUUUCCCCCGCGAGAUGGCAAAAGCGACGUGAAUUUCUUCUACGCGACGUAUGCAAUCGUUGGAAUGGGAGUGAUCAUCUUUGGUGUUCUCUACUGGUAUGUAUGGACAGUCUUACUACCCCGCUGGGGCGGUUACCACCUGGAGGAAGAAGACGAGGUAUUGGAUGACGGGAUCAAGAUUACCAAGCUUGUGCGUCGUAGUGAGAAUUAG